GUCGCUAAAAUGUUACACACCUCUCCCCUGUGAUGUUUCUUGUCAGCGUAGAAGUUGUUUCGGACUGUGUUUGCGCUGCCGAGCGUAUUUAGGUAAAAAUUCACCCAUAGAGAUGUAGCGAUCAUUUCUGGUAUAAUCGGACGCUACUGUCAGAUUUGGCGCGACAACACGAACUGAAAGACCAGCCUUCGCCGCUGUUUUGUGGGAUGAAAAAGCAUGGCAGACUGCACACAUGUUUUCCAGAUAUCUGGGAUCAAGGACCCUGAUAAAAAGAAGAUAAUAGUUCGAGGAAUCCUUAAGCUCCGUGGAAGAUACCUAGGUGGCUCAGUCUAUGAGCACUCCAGCACCCACCUUAUAAUCCCACAAGUUUUGUCUAGUGAGAAGUUUUUGGCAGCUUGUGCAGCAGGAAAAUGGGUUGUGACCCCAGACUAUGUUUUGGACAGUGUUAAAAAUGGAUUCUGGCUCUCAGAGGGGCCCUACGAGGUGGCUUUUUCAACAGCUACAAUAUCUACAUACUACCCUGCCAGACAGUGGAGGGAGUGGGUGACCAGUGGGAGGCUAAGAGGGGCUUUCCAGGACUGGAGAGUUCUUCUGAUGGUCCAAGAACCCACACGCAGGGCUAUGUUCAACCGGCUCUUAAAGGCUGGCAGGGCCACAGUUUACCACUGCCCUCCCUCUCAUGCCUCCAUCACUCAUGUCAUGGCCAAACCAGUAACAGAGGACUCCAAAUCCCACAAUGCCCCUUGCUACCCUGUUAGCUACAUUGUCCAGCACCUCUUUGGGAAAAUUUGUGGAAAUAUGAAUAUCACCAUAGCAGAUGAUAUUCUGACUGAGACAAGAGAGACUGGUUCUGUUGACUUUUCUAAGCUGGAAACAGAACUAAAGGACUAUGCCAUCAAACAAGAGGGCCAGUCAAGACUGCACUUCAUUGAAUUUCUGGGUUACCAUGACCCGCACCGACCACAAUCCCAAGCAACCGAAACAGACUUCAGCAAUGUCGGUACUAUGAUAGAAUGUGGGUUCUUCAUUGAAGCUUUGGACUCGAUCAGAAGUGCUGUGUUCCCAGGCCUGUUGCCACCAGCACCACAUCUGGUUGCCCUCCUAGAAUAUGCACAGCAGGGUAAUGCUCCAUCUGUUUUCCUGAGAAAUUUUCAGCAAGUCAUGUAUAGACUGCUCAUUACAAAUCCUCCCUGGCUGGCUCCCAAUACGGUGAAAAAAUAUUAUGCCCAGGUGUUGCAGUGUCCUCGGUGUAAAGCCGGCCCGUGGCCUUUUCUAGAAACCAUCAUUAGUUACUGUCUGUCAAGAGACGACACUUGUCACCCGCUCCCUGGACCAGUCCUGCCAGCGCUGUUGCAUUUUCAUAGGGACCUUCUGGCAUUUUUUCUCAAGCUUUUCCAGGGGGAACUCCACUCUGUCACCACUGGGGAAUAUGUGCUUCUUCAUGGAUCAGGAGUCUCUCAGGCAUUGGCAUCAGGGUCAUUGCUGUAUGGAUCCUUCUGGACUGUGUGGGAGCGCUCCACCCUGUUGUCCAGUGCUGUGAAACGACUAACUCAGCUCCUAGUACAGGCUACUGCAGAGGACUACACUGAGGGGGAGGACAAACGGACUCCUCUUAUGGUAGACACUCUAGUAGAUCUCCUGUCUGUGGUAGUGGAGUUUUGGUGUCAGCAUCACUACAAACUGAACCAGCACCUAGUGGAAAAAGGCCUGAAUGACCUAGCAGAGCAUUUCGCUGUACUCAGCCAGGAUGUGUCUGCAGUGGUUCUGGCAGAGCUCGUUGUCAAGAUUCCUUCUACCAGACUAAAGCUGGUGAUGGCUGAUGCUAUAUUCAGGAAUCUCUGCUGCAGAAAUGCAUCCACUGUGGGAGAUGAACCCCUCUCUCUCAAGAAAAUGGUGCUGUAUUACCUGCCUGCUCUGGAAACUUUAGCUCAGAGUCCCAGUGGUAUUCGCCUCAGGACUGAACCCACCUUCCACAGCAGCACCAGCAUAAGCACAGACUGUGGUAUCCAGAGCACAUCGGUCAGGGUGAAUGAAAGUAGCUUGGAGAAAGGGAACACGCUGAGAGGUCUGAACCGAGUCAAUGCAGCAGGAGAGACCCUCCUCCACAGAGCUUGCAAGAGGAACCAAGUGGAAACAGUGCUUCAGAUCUUGGCGCUUCCUGGCACAGACGUAAACAUUAAAGAUCAUGCAGGGUGGACACCUCUGCACGAGGCCUGCAACCAUGGCAGCACCUCAUGUGUAGCGGCUUUACUCCGUCACUAUCCUCCCCCUGUUGUUAAUAACCAAGUGGACGGAGUCAGCCCUCUACAUGACGCAUUGGUCAAUGGACACAAGGACAUCGCCAAAAUGCUAUUGGAACAUGCAGGUUCGGCUCUCCUACGGCAGACUGAUGGAACCGGUCGGACUCCACUCGAUUUGUUGUCUCCAAGUCAGAGGGACGAGCUCUUCCACAGCGCGCAGGUCGGGGACUCUGCCCUCAGAAAGAAGGCAACCAGGGUUUUGAACCUGCCCCUCCUGGAAGCCGGAUCCACUCUGCUGGCACACCUUAUUUUCUCCUACCAGCUGGAGAAGGGUCUGCCCUGCCAUAACCAGCUGAGCGGUGACAAAGCUCACAGUCUGGGCCACAGGCUAGUCAGGGCUGUAAAGAAACACUCCCUCCAAAAUGUGGCUUCGGGCUGGACGGACCAGCGGGCGGUGAGACUGCUAGAAGAUACAAAGACACUGCUGGAGCUUGGCAGAGGGUGUUACCUGGGCCAGGUGUCGCAGGGAAUUAAAGAAUGUAAAGGAGAGAACACAUUGUUCCUCAUGGAGAUACUAGAGGAUCUGAAGUGGAGAGGAGAAGAACUAGCAGCUGAUCUGUGACAUUGGAUCUUUGGACAACAUGCUGAUAAAGACUUGAAUAGCACAUUGAAAAUCACAACUUGUUUCAGAAAUACAAACAAGCUUCUUAUUUUUAUCAUUUGUAUACAUCUGUUAAAACAUCUGCACGUAGCUUCUAUACCUGAGCUUAAUGUUGACUUCUGCAGAGAAAAAGAUCUUACAAUUUAGACCAGAAAUAUCGGUUUUGCUAUUCUGUUUAAGCGAACUGAAACUUAACUUUAAGCCUUCCUUUUACCAGUACCAGCACAACACAGUAAUUGUCAGCACUAUUUCAUAAAAUUCAGUUGUUUUUUUUCAUUUCAUUUGCCAGCAUGUUUGCCAUAGAGGCUGGCAGAUGAAAUCAGAGAGAGCAAGAUACUCCUAAAUCGAGGCUUAAAGUUAAGUGUUGCAAAAUGUUAUACAAGAGUUCUGUUACUGCUGAAGAAAUCUGUUUAAAUUUAAUGCAUUUAAGGCAACACUAACAUUUUUGUCAUUACUACCUCAUGAUUGUUUACUGGUUAUUUUUUAAACAUCAAAAGUUUUUGUUUUUUUGGUUUCUAAAUAUUUACACAGAAAUAAAUAAGUUAACUUUUGCACUACAACGCCGUGGUGUUGAACAUUUCUGACAGUGUUUAGUCAAGGGUAAAAGACUGCUGCAGGUUAAUAUGGAAAGGUAUGCUGACAGAUGAAGGGGUUUUACGUGGGGGCCGCAGUGAAAGUGUAAAACCAGAAGUCGUCCUGGUCUGAGACUCACAUCGUCUCAGCCACACAGGCUGAAGUGAAGAAAGAGACAAACAUGAAAGAACGGAGCCUGAAAUGUGAGAAUUGUUAAUGUCUGUGGAUGAAAUUAAGCGGCUUAAAUUCCUUUUGCUACAACCAGUCCUUGUAAAAAUGAGUUUGUUGAUAGU